CCGGCACACACACGAAGAUUCCUUGGCGACCGGGGGGCAGGGACCACGCUUCGUCGACCAAAAUCGACUAAGAGGGGUACCAAAAUCCCGCGGCUCAGUGGGAAGCAACCUCACCUAUAAAAGUAAACUAGUGUAAGUGAAUCCGUACCAGUUUUUCGAGCACCAUGAUUUCGAAGUGUAUCGCUCUUCUUAUCGUCGCCCAUGCGGCGCUCGCUCGCACCGCCGGCCCGUCCGCGCAGAACUCGCUCCACGAGGCGCCGAGGAGCGACGGCAAUACCUUAGUUAGUGAUUUGCGGUAUAUGUACAAAGUGUAUCAGGAAUGCGCCGCCUCCGACACGAUGUCCUGCUUGAAAAUCAAGCUGAUAUCGGCCCUGGACCGCGCCGCCAGGUCCUACUCCGAGCUGCCGAUAUUCGAAGGGAUUAAAUUCGUCAAGGACCCUCAGGCCCAAGCGCCCGCCGCAGAAGUCAAAACCGAAGCAGAAUUGGAAUCCACUCUACCUCGAUCGUUGGAGGAUAAAGAGACCGCUUUGGAUAACAUCAUCACUGACAGGGUUUCUAACUUUUUAGGAUCCCACACGCUACAGAUUAAACUUCCCAGUUCUUUGGAUUCCGCUCGAUCGCUAGAUGAAGCUCGUGGUAAAAAGAAAAACCGAGGUGGAGGUAUGCUGCUUCUUCCCCUCAUUCUUGGCGGUACUCUGAUACCUCUGGCAUUGGGAGCUUUGGCUUUGCUAGCAGGAAAAGCUCUGAUCGUAUCGAAACUGGCUUUGGUACUCGCUGGUAUCAUAGGAUUGAAGAAGUUGCUAUCUGGCGGCGGAGGUCACGAUGCAGGACACGUCGAAGUUUACAGUGCAGGACACUCAGGAUGGGGAAGAUCGUACGCUAAGGACGCAAAGGAAGAUGCCCAGAAUUUGGCGUAUUCGGCGUACGCUGCCAAAUCCAGAUAAUUAACCUCUACUUGAUUAAUUCUAAUAUUUAUUUAUUUUAAUUUAUUCACGAGCUCAUUUUUG